CGAUCUCAAAUCGCAUCCCUCGAGUUUAGUAAUUAACAUCUGUCUAAAACAAUCUUUAAUCACAACAAGAAAGGAUGAAUCAUUCUAUUAAUUUCAAUUGCUUAAAUAUCUGCGGCUGAAAUAGGAUUUAAAUAUCUUGAGAUUUCAUGAAUUAAACUAAUUCAUAUCAUAAAUAAGCAAAUUCUUGCAUCAUGAAUUUCUUUAGGAAAGAGCCUACUGUAAAAGAACAACAGAGACAAAAUGACAGAGACUUACGUAAAGCUGGUCGAGAUUUGGAAAGGGAUAAAGCUGCCUUGGAAAGGGAAGAAAAAAAAUUGGAAAUGGAUAUAAAGAAAAUGGCAAAGGAAGGCAAUAAUGAGGGAUGUAAAAUUUUAGCAAAGCAGUUAGUUCAGUUACGCAAACAGAAAAACAGAAUAUAUGCAGCCAAUAGUAAGAUAUCCAGUGUCCAGAUACAGAACAAAGCGAUGGGAGCAAACAUAGCUAUUGCUAACGCAAUGGGCACUACAGCAAAGACAAUGGGCAAUAUGAACAGAGUCAUGAAUCCCCAUCAAAUUGCAAAAGAUAUGGAGGCAUUCAAACAGGCCAACGCUAAAAUGGAUAUGACUGAUGAAAUGAUUUCAGAAACCCUGGACGACAUCAUGGGUGAGUCUGGUGACGAGGAAGAAACCGAGGGUGUGGUCAACCAAGUAUUGGACGAAAUCGGCAUUGAAAUAAGUGGGAAGAUGGCAAACGCGCCUUCCGUGUCCCGCACCAAGAUUGGCGCGUCCACUUCCGACGAGGACAAAGAGCUCAUGGCUCAACUAGCUCGUCUAAAGUCGUAAUAAAAAGUUAUUAUAUUUGCGAUUCCUUUAAUGACUUAUAUAUACCUUGGAUUAGUGUUUAGUGCGAGUGGUAUAAAACGUAUUAAAUUUUUGUAAUUUCAGACUUCCUCAUUGCUUCAGUAACUAGUUCAGAUAAAUAGAAUUCAGCAACUGUUUGCAAAUGCUUUUUCGUUUGUCUGAAUUGGUAACAGAAUUAUUUUGGGAAUCAGAUGUUAGUCAAGCAGAAUAUGCGGUUUCUGUUUUAAAACUUUAGGCAGAUUUUCUUUAGUAAAGCUUACAUGUUUCUAGUCUUUAAGUCGUUUUGAACAGAAUACUAAAAAGCAUCUCGUACUAAACACUUCUAAUUGUGCUACAAUCGACCCUUUAAAAUUGGAAGUAUAAUCUUCGGUUCGUUCCACAUUAUACCAUUUUUUUGUAAAAUGCUGCACUUGUUUAUUUAUUUUGUCUGAAACUAUGUUCAACCUUAAUUCACAUUUUUGAGAUGAUUACUAGUAUUACGUAUUAAUUGUUUUUAAUCUGUGAAGAAACACAUGAUGAAUGAUUUAAGUAGUAAUGUAUAUGAAAUCUUGUAACAUGCAUGUGCAUAACUCUCAUUUACUGUCUCUUAGCUAUUAUUAAGCAAUUUACAAUGUUCAAAUUUAAAAUAUUGUCUAAAAAUCACCAUUCGGGCGAUAUUUUUCAUUAGUGAUUAUAAAUUGUUAUUUGAAUUAAAAUGAAUUUAAACCGUCCAUAUUUGUAAAUAAUAUCAGUACGACUUCCAGGCAACAACUUAAAUUAUAAAUUUCAUGAUCAUGUAAAAAAACUUAACUACAAGUAAUUGGUAAAAAUGUAAUGAUAGUCAAGUUUACCAUGUGGUCAUUCCAUAAAUUAAAAUACGAGUAUCUUGUUUUUAUUCAAUUUAAUAAUAAUCAAAUAGGAAGGUAAAGGAAGUUGCUAACGGCACGUGAGUAUUGGCUCAAUACUUGCAAUCAUAUAUACUGACAUAAUCCGAAUAAUAUCAAAAUAAUAAAAAUGCCAUAUAAAUCUAUAGGAAUUGUGUCUCGCGGUUUUUCAACACACGCAGUUUUUUGUGAAGAUGUAAAGCUUAUAUUAGAUCAAUACGUUAUAGUGACUGACGGUGGUGGUUUAUCUUAUGAUAAAGAAUCCACUUAAUCAUAAAUUUUACUUAUGUCAAAGCUUAUUAUAUUAUUCCGGAUUAUAUGGCCCUGGCUCUGGCACAUACCAUACAAAACAAAUUAACUUUAUCGUCCAUAACAAAAUUACUUAAGUUAGAGAACCUAAAAAUGGGUGAGCAAAAGGCGGACUUAUCGCUAAGAAAUCGCAUAAUAUUUGUUUUCCUAUGUAUCUGCCAGAGGAGCUUUGUGGUUAAUGUCUAUGCAUAUAAUGUGAAAAUAGCUGUGAUAUUUUUGUAUUGUAUUAUAUGAUAUGUAAUAUGUACAAUGAUUGUAAAUAACAUUAAAUAAAUCUAUUUUGUGAAAAUAAGAA